AUGGCGGACCUUGUGGUUGGCAUGGCCAAGUCGGUGGUGGAGGGAGCGCUGACCAAGGCCCAGGCGGCCAUCGAGGAGGAGGCCAAGCUGCGGCAGAGCGCGCAGCGCAACCUGGUGUUCAUCACUGGCGAGUUCCAGAUGAUGCAGUCUUUCCUUAACGUCGCCGACAGUGACCGCCUGGAGAAUCCGGUGGUGAGGACGUGGGUGCGGCAGAUCCGCGACCUCGCCUAUGAUGUGGAGGACUGCAUCGAGUUCGUCGUCCACCUCGACAAGAAGAACAGCUGGUGGCUCCGCCUGAUCAAGCCGGCGAGCUGGCUCCUUAGGCCCUGUGUGGAUCAGGGACCGCUACCGCUGGAUGAGGCGGUCGACGAGCUGGACCGCCUCAAGGCCAGGGUGGAGGAUGUGAGCAGCAGGAACACGCGCUACAGCCUCAUCAGCGACUCCGGCUCCAAGCCCGUCACCGUGGUGCAGCAAGAUCAAAAGCCAUCACUCCGUGACGCCGCCGACGGCGCGGCAGCAUUCAACAGCCUCUUCGAGGCGGCAUUCAAAACCACUCAAAAAGGGCGCCAAAGUGAUCUCACAAAGCUGCUCACCACCAGUAAGGGCCAUGACCUCCGAGUGAUCUCAAUCUGGGGCACCGGCGCCGGCACCGGAGGUGGGGAGGAUCUUGGGAUGGCAACCAUCGCCUGGAACGUCUAUGUUGAUACAGAAACCUGCAAAAACUUCACCUGUCGUGCCUGGCUGAAGCUGAUGCAUCCUUUCAAUCCCCAUGAGUUCGUCCGUUCUUUGACGGCUCAGUUCUACACCACGACGUCCGUUGGUGGUGGUGUACAGGCCCUGAUGAAGAUGGAGGCAACACGAGGAGGAGAUCCCCUCAAGGAUUUUGCGCAGCUUGUCGCGGAAAAUAGGUACCUCGUUGUGUUGGAGGACCUCUCCACCAUGGCAGAGUGGGAUGCUAUCAGGAGUUUUUUUCCAAACAAGAAGAAUGGCAGCUGCAUAAUCUUGUCCACGCAGCAAUUCGAGGUAGCAAGUUUGUCAGUGGGACAUCCAUACCAAGUGCAGCGUCUCAACCAGCUAUCAGCAGAGCACUCUGUUUACGCCUUCUUUACAAAGGGAUCUCAAUAUGAAGCAGAUAAAGGCAAGGAAACCGAUCAUGCACUCACCAACAACAAUGGGGCAUCAAUGGGCAGUACCUGUAAAAAAGAUGCAGCCAAGAAGUGGAUGGAUGAGCAUCCCCUUGUUGGACGCAAGUCAGAAACGAAUAAUCUUGAUCUGAAGGUAAUUUUGGCACGGCGCAAAACCUACCAUGUUAUGUCUGUGUGGGGAAUAGCUGGGGUUGGAAAAUCAGCUCUCGUCAGAAACAUGUUCUGCGAGAGAAUUCUCAAGGGAAAUCUAUUUAAGAAGUUUGGUUGGGUGGAUGUAUCACAUCCUUUCAAUUUAUGGGACUUCUCUCGAGUUCUACUUGCGAGUCUUGGUUCUGCAUAUAUUCAAGCCAGUGAAGCUGCAAACUUGUGUAUGAUGGGAAGUAGAAAUCCCAUUGUAGAGUGUCGUGAGAUUCUGGAAAAGCAUAGAUGCCUGGUUGUUAUAGAUGGACUGCAGUCCAUGAAAGAAUGGGAUCUCAUAAAAACUGAGUUGGUAGAUGGAUCCCAUCAUCAGAAUGUUAUGAUCGCUGUUACAACUGAACAAGAAAUUGCCACUCAUUGCCGAGGAGAUAAGGGAAAACUCGUGUUUAAUGUCAAAGGUCUGGAAGCUGACACCGCCAUUGAACUCUUCAAGAAGGUAUCCAACAAGGAUGAAGGGCCAGUGCUAGAAGAACUUACUUCAAUAUGUGGUGGACUUCCCAAAGUAAUAGUUGAGAUGGCUGGCUCAUUCUUGAAAAAUACAGAUCGAUGGAAAGAUGCACUCUCAACAAAUAAUAAGAUUAUGUCAGAGCUCGAGAACAACAGAGAGUUUGCUAGUCUAAGGGGUCUAUUUGGUUGGAUGAAUAUGUACUUCCGCAAAUGCCCAGAUUAUCUCAAGCCAUGUAUCUUGUAUCUACCAAUUUUACCUCGAAACCACCUCAUUCGGCGGAGGCGACUGAUAAGGCGAUGGAUUGCUGAGGGUUACUCUAGGGACAGCCAUGAUGAAUCCGCGGAGAUGACUGGGGAGAAACAGUUCUCUGAGCUCCUUAACCUGAGUAUAAUUCAGCAGCCAUCUGCGUUGGGUUUGGGUGACACAAGGAUGGUCUUGUGCCAAGUCAAUGGCUUCUUUGGUGAGUACAUUGUCUCACGCCAAAUGGAAGAGAACCUUGUGUUUGAACUUAGUGGAAGUUGUGCUGUAACCACCCAACGCACAGGACGUCACCUUGUGAUAUCAGAAAGCUGGAUCAGAGAUAGAAUUGUGUUCGAGAGCAUUGACUUUUCUCGGCUCCGGUCACUGACAGUGUUUGGGAAAUGGAAAUCAUUCUUCGUCUCUGAAGAUAUGAAGCUGCUCCGGGUGCUUGAUCUAGAGGGUGCAUCCAAUGUAGAGUAUGGUGAUCUUAAUAAGAUGGUUAAGUUGAUGUGCCGCCUCAAAUUCCUCUCACUGCGAGGAUGCCAUGAAAUCAACCAUCUGCCGAGUUCAAUAGGAGGUUUGAGGCAGCUCCAGACUCUUGAUGUUCGACACACCUCCGUAGUCACCUUGCCAGUGAACAUCACCAAGCUGCAGAAUUUGCAGUACAUCCGUGCGGGAACCACCGCCCCAGCAAAGAUAGCGCGGGCAGCACAUCAUUUAGUGCCCCAGCUGUCCAAGUUCUGUGGUGGCCGUCAGAUGGUUGGUGUUGUGGUGCCUCCAGGGAUCGGGAAACUGACGGCAUUGCACACGCUUGGUGUUAUCAAUGUGAGUGCUUCAAGGACAAAGGUCGUCCUAGAAGAUCUCAAGAUGCUCACCCACUUGCGCAAGCUCGGAGUGUCUGGCAUCAACAAGAAUAACAGCAGCAAGUUUUUACAUGCAACCGAAGAUCUUGUCCAUCUGGAAUCACUGUCAGUGCGACUCGAAGAGAACAACCAAGAUUGUUUGAAUGAUAUAUUGCUGCCUUUGGAGAGCCUGCGGAGUCUUAAACUUUAUGGGCUUGGAGACCGGUUGCCUGACUGGAGCGCAAAGCUCACCAAGCUCACAAAGAUGGUUUUGGAAAUAGCCAAAUUAACAGAAGAUCUUGUCUCCGUGCAACCGGAAGGUGUGGCACAGCAUGGAAGAAGGGAACACACUAGUGGCGUCAUCAAGUUCCUAAGCGAGCUAUCAGGACUAUGCAUUCUACGUCUUCGUGUCGAUCAUCUUCAGGAUAAUCAGCUUGAUGUGUCCAUAAUUUUUAAUAACCUAGAGGUGGAUUCUUUCGAGAAAAUAAAGAUCUUCGAGAUUGCUUGCAGCUCCAGCUCGCAUGUUACUUUUGGAGAGAAAACAAUGAAAAAACUUGAGCAGCUGAAGGUGGACUGCUGCAGUGGGUCGUCACUCUUAGGCCUGAAGCAUUUACCUGAACUCAAGCAAAUUUUGCUCACGGGUUCUAGCGGCGAAGAACUGAAGAUCUCCACACAGAACUUGCAAACUACGCAAAGCAGAAGUGUGAAGCUGGACGAACUACGCUCCUUGUCCUCGUAG